UGGAGAGCUGACAGUAUAAAGCAGAGCUCUGCCCUGGUGACCACUGCAAGAGACCAACACCAGCUUCCCCACCCUGGAGAAGGCCUAGAUCAGGAAACUGAGACCCACAAAGGGAAACCAACUUGCCGAGGCUCACCUCCAACAUGCAGAUUCCUGCCAUGCUGUCUCUGCUGCUUGUUGUGUCUGUGAGCCUCAUGGAUGCCCUUCAGGGUGACAGGGCUUCAUCGUCUCUCCCCCAGGUGCGGAGGCACCCCAUCACACGACGGGACCUCUUCUCUCAGGAAAUACCCCUGGACAUGGCCCUGGCCUCCUUUGACGACCAGUACGCGGGCUGUGCAGCGGCCAUGAGAGCUGCCCUCCCGGAACUCAACCACACAGAGUUCCAGGCCAACAGAGUCUACGCGGACGGCUGGGCGCUGGCCAGCAGCCAGUGGCAGGAGCGCCAGGCCUGGGGGCCAGUGUGGGGCCUCAGCGCUACUCGGCCGCCUCCGGCGCCCCCUGGCUUCCAGGAUGCGCAUGGGGUGGCACUCCUGGCCUACACCGCCAACAGCCCCCUGCACAAGGAGUUCAACGCAGCCGUGCGCGAGGCGGGCCGCUCCCGGGCCCACUACCUCCAGCACUUCUCCUUCAAGACACUCCAUUUCCUACUCACAGAGGCCCUGCAGCUGCUGGGCACAGGCCAGCGUCCACCCCGGUGCCACCAGGUGUACCGAGGGGUGCAUGGCCUGCGUUUCCGGCCUGCAGGGCCCGGGGCAACAGUAAGGCUGGGGGGCUUUGCUUCUGCAUCCCUGCAGAAUGUCGCAGCCCAGCAGUUUGGACAGGACACCUUCUUUGGCAUCUGGACCUGCCUAGGGGCUCCUAUCAGAGGCUACUCCUUCUUCCCUGGAGAGGAAGAGGUGCUGAUCCCGCCCUUUGAGACCUUCCAGGUGAUCAAUGCCAGCCGACCGGCCCAGGGCCCUACCCGCAUCUACCUCCGAGCCCUGGGCAAGCGCAGCAUGUUCAACUGCGAGUAUAUCAAAGACAAGAAGUGCAAAUCUGGGCCCUGCCGUCUGGAUAGCUCAGCCACGCAUCAGGGCUCCCUCUCGGCUGUCUGGUCCCUGCUGCUGUCGCUGUGGUUCCUGGAGGCCCUGCCAGCAAUCCCAGACCUGCUCUGAUCCAUCACACACCAAGCAGCCCCGCCUGAGCCUCUGCCGGGCGGAGGACGUUGGCCACGCGUGUGCUCUAAGUGUGCUCCGGCUCCCUGGUAAACCCAUCUGCGGCUGCCGGACCUCUGGUGGAGAUACAGGAGAGAAUGUGGGGCCUAAACCUCGGGCUCCAGGAGCAAGCCUCUCACUGGAGGUGCGAGGACUCCAGGACAGGCAGCCGCUCACCCAGAGACCUCAACUUAUCGAAAGGUCGCUGGGGUAAGGGAGAGCACUGGGCCAUGGGACUUGUGUGAUUCCAACGCCUCACACGCCUACCUGGACAGCACCCCAUCACGCCUCAGAAAGCCGCUCUGGCCUUUGCCACUGGCUGGGUUCGGAUCCCCGCCUCUGUGUUCCUGUGGGUCCCAGUCCCUGGUUCCUGAGGGCAAGACUAGGUCCGAGGCACAGAGAUGGCACCAGCUGCCAUACGAGUCAGCAAGAAACUGAUGCCUGGAUGACAGAUCCCUGCACUGGCCCUACUUUGACACUUCCCACCUCUCUGAACAUCUGUGUGGGAACGGGGUGGACUGUAUCUAACUCCAGAAGACAAAGACCUGGAGAAAUGCAGAGGGAGAACUGGGCUCUCUCCCGCUAUCCUAGUUAUUUUUCUGCUGAGUUGUAAUCUCUGCUUUGAUCCAUGAGUUCUGAAGCUCUUGUCUGUACAGAUGAACCUGGAUCCUUGACUUCCACCACCACAGGCCCAAGGGGAAGACAGGAUACCCGGGAGGCGCCAGGUGCCCAUUUUCUUUAUUAUGGUGGAGGCUCUGGAGCCAAAUGUCUGUUUGGCCUCCUGCUUUGGAAACAUGAAUUUCCUUCCCUGCGCCCUCAGGCGAGGAUGGCAAGACUAAGUCCUUGCAGCAGCAGCUACCUAGCAAGACAGGAAAUGUAGCGGCUCUGUUUCUGGUACAGUAACUGCACUAACCCCCUUGAGAGCUCUAACUAAAGAGCACCGACAUUGUUCUCCUUUAGGAAUUAGGGGAGUAGUUAGGACACGUAGACAACAAGGAGUCCUACGGACUGUGCAAUCAGUGGUCCUGAAGAGAAGGUGCCCUACUGCGGAGCGGCUGGCUGGCUUCUCUGAGAACCAAACACCUCCUGGGCUUUGCCACCCCUGCCCGGAGGUGCCGUGGCUGCAGCAGCUCCCUGGUACCCAGCCCCAG